AUGUCGGGCACUACAGGAGCUGAUCUGCCGCCUGAGAUACUGUCACGCAUUCUCCAUUGUGUCACGCCAGCUCGAUUCUACUGGCAUGACUUGGCCAAGCUUCGCCGGUGGAAACACGAAGUCGUUGCGUCCAGCCUUGUAUGCAAGUACUGGUCUGAGGCCAUCAGACCCCUCCUCUUCAAAGAACUCCAGUUGCACAGCGCCGAAGAUGUACAGUUCCUGAAGAACAUCAUCGGCAGUCCCGAAUUCACGACCUCGUCUCUGUCCAGGGCCAUCCAGCGGAUACAUAUCCAUCAAGAGGUUACGGAAGCGAAGUCCUGGUUUCACCACGUCCAUGGACUUUCAGCUCGACUCCGGGAGACGAAAUUCGACUGUACCGUCGUGAGCCAAGCGGGCAACGCAGGCAAUGCUGCACCGAUGCCCAGCCGUUGGGCCCCAUUUGCAUCGAUGCCCAGCAUUACUCCAUCAUCAGGCUAUGUCCGACUCUCAUGGCUUCGCCUCAGCGGCGUUGUAUUCACCAGUACGACUGAGCUCGCUCGGCUCGUCGACAAUUUCCCCACGCUCAAGUGCUGCGUUUGCAAUCAAGUCACCUUCUCUGACCUGUCACCGGUUGUUCAAUCACGCAGAACUCGGCGACGUACCUCAUUGGCCCUCUGUGCGUGCACAAUCUCGCGGUGUAAGGAUAUGACGGUUCUCGCCAAAGCAGCGCUGGCUGCUGACAUCCUUGCGGCUGGUCGUCGCAUGGGACUUGACGGCCGCACAUGGGACGCGACCCUUCAAGCACUGCUUGCGCUGGUACCAAAUGAGAUAGAACAAGCGAAUGUGGAGCUUGAUGGUCAGAAUGGCGGUGUGUUCGACGUGGCGAGCAUACGUUGCUAUUCACUCGAUCAAGGCGAGUCUGCGAGCGAUUAUGUCUCAGCUGAUGUUAAUGCCGGCCGACCGAAUGCGGGCCAGGAUGCAGGGACUCCGACUCCACUUGCGCAUGUAGAGAGUAUCACUCUCCAACUCUCCUUCGCGAAUGCUGAAACGGUAGACACCCUUGCUUGGGAAGCCUUGCGAGCUGUCGUUGAUUCUCCGCACAUGCGCCGUAUUCGUAUCAGAUAUUCCUCGACCUGGGCUCUUGAUGCGGAUAAACUGCAGUUCUGGGGGUACAAUUGUGAUCCCGUCACGAGUGCAGACAUCUUGUCUGUACCAGCAGAGCACACCAUCGAUGGCACCACGAUCGCCCUCGACACCACCGAACAAGCCGAGUGGUUACUGCGCCCUGUCCGACCGCGCCCUGUCCGGCCUCGCUCUGGCUCAGAGAGCGUCACAAGAGAAAAGUACCUACGACAGCUCGUAGCCGCGCGCGUGAGGGGGGUAUCCACGGACACGAGCUCGGGGACUGCGCCACCCACCACAGAUAGCACUCAGCACACGGUGCUCGAGCAGACCCACGAGGCGGCAGAUAUCGACGUCUAG